CAACCCUCCUGUAAUGACUACUGAAAGCACCCUCUACGUCAAUAAAGUUUGAAUCAAUCCACCAAAACAAAGCGUUGCGCAAAAGACAGAGUUGCUUACAUGAAACGCAACGGGACGCUGAGGGGGAUUCUUAGGCGCAACCGUGCUACUGUGACCCUCCAAACAUAUACCAUUUUAUUCGGAUUGAUUUUCGCGUCGUUGACAAUUUCGCUUUGUCUCACUGCAGGCCCACAAUCAACAUCUACUCCGACGUCUUCUAUUCUAACCUUCUUUUCCGGAACCAGUCGUCCAUCUAGUUUGACUUGUAAAAAACCUGACGAUGCAGGGGUCAUAACAAAGGAAGACGCCUAUCGGAUGUCUUCCGUUGACUACAUGGCAUGUUGCGGUGCAGGUCACCGAAUCUCCAAGAUUGCGGACGCUAGCUACCUCGCCCGAAAACUAGGGUAUAGCCUUCGCAGCUUCUGGGGAUACUGUGAUAGUGUGGAAGUUUUUGAUUACCUUUUUGGUCCACAGCCACUCUCUGAUCUUGUCAACGUGACUGACAUAGGCAGAUUCACCCGUGUAAACAACGAGGUUGGGGGCUUUGUUAAGCUGAUUCGGAAAGGACCAAACAAAAGUUGCGCAUGCUCAUCUGAUAAAGACCUCGCGGACUCGGAAUUCUAUUCUGGUCUUCGUGAGCGCUUUUCGGCGAAAGCCCAGGUGGAUGACUUUCGACGACGACAUUUUGCAAAUGUUACAAGCAUUGGAAUACACAUUCGAGCAGGAAAUGGUGAGGUCGGAGAUUUUGCCAGUAGGGGGCGCAGUAUUCACGACAAAGAGAGGUGGUUACAAAGGAUUGUUACCUUGAUUCUCAAUCAAGAUUGGGGACCAUCGAUACUGUUUGUCGCGACGGAUACUCCAGACUUGAUUUCAAAAUUUCGUGUCCUUCUCAGAGGCAAAAUACCAGUCGUUCAGUUUGAACAGCAACAUCCCCCACCAGGAUCUGGCGUCUUUUUCGGGGAACGUGGCUCAGUGAUCAAUGAUGGAAACGUUUGUCUGACAGGAUGGGAAGGCGCCUUUGCAGAUAUGAUGCUGCUGAGUUACAGUGAUGUGGUUUUGUCAGCUAGACCCAGCAGCUUCACACAAUCCCUUCCUCUUUCGCUAGUAUUAACAAAGCCAAAACUGCAGCGACGGACUGUGAAAGCUUUUUGUGAAGUGAACCCCAACGCAACUGAGAUGAUAUGUUACGAGGACUACCAUGAAUGGUGUUGCUACGGCGAUACAUCUUUUCACUUGGAUGGUAUCCAAAAAUACGAAUACCUGAGAGUCCCCACCUUUGGCUUCGUCGAGAGCAACUUGAAAAAAAUUCAAGAUCGAGCACAGGGAGACUGUAUUCCACGGCCCGGAGGUGUGAAGCAGAAAUGCCUCCCAUACGACUGGUCUGACUUUUCAAUAACAACCAAGUCUGUACGACUAAAAAACGAACAUUAAAGAGAACCUGGAAAUCAUGCAGCAACUUCUGCAAGAAGCGGUCGAGAAUUUUGGCUCGUCUUUCAUUCUGCUUCCGGAAGAGAGAAAUUUUUAACUUCGUGCGUACUGGUAUUCUGUACAACACGCUUUCUAUAGUAGAGGGCAAACUCCGUCGCGACUAGAGCCGGGAACGCAGCUUUUCCUGUAAAGCAACAUAAGA